AUGGAUGAUUGUCGCCCAACCAAGCGCCGGCGAGAGAGUGUUUCCGAUGCCGACCUUGGGAAGCCCGAGGCCACUGCGUCCAAUUCCAAGGGUUGCUCGAAGAAGCUCGCAGGGCAGAUUGAUGAAUACCAUCGCGCGCACGACAACGUCCUGCGCAAGGUCACGUUGCUUCAACGUAACAUCACCACGACCACCGGCAAGAUACGCUCAUCCCUCGUGCAUGCUGUUGACUUGCAUAACCAACUGGCCGAAUGGCUGCAGUCACAUGGCGAGCUUCUCAGCUCCCGAUGCUGCAAGUGCGAUGACCCCCAGUUCCGGUAUCUGUUCGCCGACUGCAAGCAUCUUGCGAAGCCUGCGUAUCGGUCUCCGGCCGCUGCUGCGACACGAGCCAACACAUUCUAA